AUGGCUGAAGCACUCAUUUCCGUGCUCCUACAACAGUUGGCCUCAAUCAUCCAAAAACAAGUAGAUCAAGAGGUCAGACUAAUUGUGGAUGUUAAGAAAGAAGUGGCAAAACUCACCCGCAAUUUCAAAGCUAUUCAAGUUGUGCUCGAGAAUGCAGAGGAAAGGCAAAUAAAGGAGGUGGACGUGAGAUACUGGCUAGACAGUUUGAAGGAUGUAUCCUACGAGAUGGACGACGUGUUGGACGAGUGGAGUACUGAAAUCCUGAAACAACAAAUUCUUAAACAAGAAGUUGGCAAUGCUGGUAGUACUAGUACUACCAAGAAGGUAUGUUUCUGCAUUCCUGCCGCUUGGUUUUGUUUUGGCCAUCAAGUAGUUCUUCGUCGUGACAUUGCUAGGAAGACAAAAGAACUAGAUGAAAGAUUAGCUCAGAUUGCUAGUGAAAGACAAAACUAUAACUUUCAACCCCCGAAAAGAGGAAUUGAACAAAUUGAACAACGAAAAAGUUCUUCUUUCGUUGAUCAGACAUUUGGUCGUGAAGUUGAAAAGGACAUAUUAGUAAAAAAGUUGCUGAGUGAGAGUGGUCAAGCAAGGCCAAACUUCCUUGUCAUCCCAAUUGUAGGGAUGGGAGGAAUUGGUAAGACAACUCUUGCCCAACUUGCAUAUAAUGAUGAAAGGGUUCAAGCCUAUUUCGACAAUAGAAUAUGGGUUUGUGUCUCAGAUCCUUUUGAUGAGAUCAAAAUUGCGAAAGCCAUCAUUGAUGUUCUGAAAAUGGGGACAAAUACCCCAGCUUCAAAUGAGUUGCAAACACUCUUGGAAAUUAUACUUGAGUGCGUUAAGGGCAAGAAAUUCCUUCUUGUCCUAGAUGAUGUGUGGAACGACGAGGAUAGAAAGUGGGAACCAUUAAAGCUAGCUUUACAAAAUGGGGCUGUGGGUACUAGAAUAUUGGUGACCACAAGAAAGGAGGAUGUUGCUAUGAUGAUGGGAGCAUCUGUUGAUACGGUCAAUUUGAAGGAGUUGAGUGAUGAAAACUGUUGGAAAUUGUUCUGUCACGUAGCAUUGGGUGAUAGGGAAAUAAGUGAAUAUAGAACAUUUGAAGUCAUUGGUAAAGAAAUUGUGAAAAAGUGUAAGGGCCUGCCCCUUGUUGCAAAGACAUUGGGUGGUCUCAUGCGCCACAAGAAAACGAGGAAAGAAUGGGAAGACGUUUUGAAAAGUAAGACAUGGGAGUUAGAUGUGGUUGAGAAACAAGUUUUCCAACCGUUGUUGCUAAGUUAUUAUGAUUUGGCCUCGACUGUCAAAUGUUGUCUUUUAUAUUGUGUUAUUUUCCCAAAAGGUUAUUUGAUUGAAAAAGAUAACUUGAUUGAGUUAUGGAUGUCACAAAAUUAUCUUAAUUUAAUUGGAAAUAAAGAAAAAGAAGAGGUGGGCGAAAAGUACUUUAAUGACUUAGUAAUGCGCUCUUUCUUCCAAGAAUUUGAGAAAGAUGAUAUUGGAAAUAUAACCCGGUGCAAGAUGCAUGAUGUUGUGCAUGACUUUCUACAAUUUCUAACUAAGAAUGAAUGCUUUGUUUUGGAGGGUAAGGGUGGCAAUAAGAGAAUAAUGGAGUUUAAUGGAGAAAAUAAGGCUCGUCAUUUGACAUUAAUGUUUGCACCCGAAGGUGCAUUUCCGAGUUCCUUGUACAGCUGCAAGAAUUUACGGACUCUAGCAACUUUUGAUUCAAAUAUUAGUACAUUUGGUCGAGAGUUAAUUUCGCAGCUAAAAUGCCUUAGAACAUUGAACCUGAGUUUUAACUCCAUAAAAGAAGUUCCGAAUGAGGUUGGAGAAUUGGCACAUUUGAGGUACUUUGAUUUGUCGUAUAAUGAAGAUUUGAUGAAAUUGCCAGACAGCGUGUGUAAUUUAAUGAAUUUGCAAACCUUGAGACUCAUUUGGUGCAGAACACUAGAAAGAUUACCGGAAGGCAUGGGAAAGCUGAUUAACUUGCAGCAUCUUUAUGUCAUGGGUUGUUUUCGUCUAAAGUUGCCCAAGGCGAUUGCGACGUUAACAAGUCUACGAACGCUAGAUCAAGUUCGCAUCCUUGACGUUGAUAACAACAAGGAAGCAUUAUUCGAGUUAAGUGAUUUGAGAGAAUUGGACCAGCUUCGUGGUAGUUUCCGAAUAGAAUUUCUGGAGGAUUUGAAGGACGCGAGGCAGGCCGAGCAAGCGCAUUUGGUGAACAAAAAUUGUCUUGUCAGUCUGGAAUUGCGCUUCUUCUUUGGUGGAACAAAUGAGAUUCCUCUUGUGGCAAGCCAGGAAGAAACACUGAAUGCCUUACAACCACCUCCAAAUCUGGAAUCCUUCUCUAUCUAUCACUACAGUGGCACCACACUCCGGCCCCAUUGGAUGACGUCGUUAAACAAAUUGAGAAUCCUUACCCUCGGAUAUUUUUGGUAUGUUGAGUUUUUGCCUCCUUUGGGGAGAUUGGAGUCCCUUGAAGUAUUGGAGAUACAAGAUUGGCUGAGCUUGAAAAAGGUGGGGGUUGAGUUUUUGGGAAUAGAAACGCAAACAUCGUCGUCGUCAUCCUCAUCAUCUCCAAUGAUUUUAUUCCCAAAUUUGAAAAAACUUGUAUUUGAGUAUUUGCCCAUGUGGGAAGAGUGGGAAGGAAUGGCAGGGUGGAGUGAAGAAGAUGAUUCUCAGAAGACAAUUACAAUAAUGCCCCGCCUUUCUUCCUUACAAUUUGGUUAUUGCCGUUUGCUUAAAACACUGCCCAACUUCUUACGAAAUACACCGCUUAAGGAGCUUGUCAUCGGUUUCUACUGUCGGAUUCUUGCACAAGGUUGCCAAAAAGGCAGAGGAGGAAGUGAGUGGCCCAAGAUUUCUCACAUCCCAAACAUCAAAGUCUGGAUCGGACAAAGUAGCGAAUUUGUACAAAAAGACGGAGUUUGGAUCGGACAACAACAAACUGAUGAUGAUGAGACGCCAAGUGUCGCUUCCACCUCUUCUUCUGGAGUAAACUUGGGAGAUCGUGCUUCAAACUUGGGACACAAGUCUACCUUGUACUCGACACGUACUCCACUCCUUAAUUCCAGGCACUGCUUUCAAAUGGAAGAAAUCACUGGAAUUCUUGUAGCAGCUCCACAAAUAUUGAUGAAUUACAUUCUUUUGGGGUUCGCAGUUUCGGAAUACAGGGCUCAUGAAGUGACUGAAACUGGACACAAGGGUUAA